GAGCGAGCAAGCGUGUACCAGAUCUGUGGGGUCGAACAUUUGGACUGCCACUGGCCGAAGGUAGGGCUGGGAGUUGGAGGAUGGCAGCGAACCCCUCAGGACAAGGUUUCCAGAAUAAAAAUAGGGUUGCAAUCCUGGCAGAACUAGACAAGGAGAAGAGAAAGUUACUUAUGCAAAACCAGUCUUCCACAAAUCACCCUGGAGCCAGCAUUGCACUUGCAAGAUCACCACUAAACAAGGAUUUCCGUGAUCAUGCUGAGCAACAGCACAUCGCAGCACAGCAGAAGGCUGCACUGCAGCAUGCACACGCACAUUCCUCAGGAUACUUCAUAACUCAAGACUCUGCAUUUGGAAAUCUUAUUCUUCCGGUCUUACCUCGACUCGAGGCAGAAUGAGUGAUGCUGUUUCUCAGAACUGCCAAGUCUGAUUUUGACAAUAGCAGGAAUUGUUAGACCUUUUAAUUCAUUUACUUUUGUAUCUCAAAUACUGCUUCAUUCUGGAUUCUUGUUGUUGCCUUGUGGUAGUAUGAGCUCAAGUAAUGAAAAAGCAGUGUUGUUGAACAGAGAUUUUUGUCCCAUAUUUCUGUUCCUUUGUCAAGUCAAAGUCAGCCAUAAGACUUCCUGGGUGUGUCAAGUGCGUGGCGCUUGCGCACUUCUUCCCUGUUUCUGUGCUUCCUUUAAAUAAACGUUCAAACCAGGGUCACCAAAAGAUGGCUACUUUAUCAGCAUUUGUGUUCUUUAUUAUUGCGUAUAUUUGUCUUAAUGAAUUAUAGAAAGUCACCUUUGUCUGUCAAAACAGACAUGAAUUUAUCAAAUGCAUCAGUUGGUCACUCUUCUUUGCCAUAUACAGGGACAUUAUCCAGUGUAUUGUUUGCUGUCAUAGUGUUCCCUGGUCUUCUCAAGUCCUUAGAUAUAGUGUGCCUGCCUCUUUAUUUUGUGAACGAUGAAAAUGAAUUGAAGUCACCAAGAAGGGAAAAAAGCAAUUGCUUCAAACAGUC